ACCUUCUCCCUGCUCCUCUUCUGGGCUUACUUCUGGUUGGAGGCCCACAAUGACUACAACCAAUUCAACUGGUGAGUGGGACAGUUAGUCCUUACCAGAGAGACUGUGAGCUGAGUUUGCAACAUUGUUUCUGUCCCUCAUAAGCACUCUCUCUUUUGAGCAGCUAUCAAUGAGUAAUUGAAUGUGUGCAUAUUUCAAUAUCUCCUAGAAGGGCUGGUCUGUUUCAUCCUCUUCUUAUCAAGGCAUUGGUUCACCUUCCCCACCCUCUGUCGCUCAUCCUCAGGUUACUAUACAACCGUUCUGGGGAAUGGAAGGACGGGACUGUCCCCAUUCUAGCAACCACCGCAGUUGGCUUUAGUUACAUUACAUUUUUAAUGGUGAGUGAGUUACCCAUCUUUGGUUGUAUGCCUAUACACACAGUAAAGCACAUGUUGCUGCAGCAGCUUCAGUAAGAUCUAACUUGAUUGUGGCUCUGUUCGUUUCCAGAUUUUAGCACUUUGUCAUAUUUUACUGGGACAGCAGCUGAACCUCUACUGGAUCCACAAGGUAGGCCUCCAAAUGAACUCUGACCUACGGAAAUUACUGUUAGCCCUGCAUAGGAAUGUGUAGAACAAAUCAAACUGUUGAUAUGUUUUUUACCCCAGGUUGCUGUGUUGGCUGCCUUGAUCAUCACUGUCAGUGGCGUGGUCUCCAUCGAUGACGUGUGGGGGAAUGAAUGGGACAUCAUCUUCAUAUCUCUACAGGUCUACAUCUCUAUUUGUCUGCGUUUCUCUAUUGGUAUUUUUGGUAGAUGUUGAUGUUUGUGUGUAAACAAGGUUAUAAAACUCCUGUCUUCCUGUGUUGUAAUUCAGUCCACAGGGCCUUUCCUGCACAUAGGAGCUCUGGCUGCCGUCACAGCGCUGGGCUGGCUAGUUGCUGAACAUGUGGUCCGUGCAGAAAGAACCAGUAAGUGUUGUAUUGGCUUUUGAUUGGCUUUCACUGUAACUCUGAUCACUGUAACCAAUAUUAUACAUAUUACAUUACAUCAUAAUUAUUAUAAUUGUUAACCAUUAUAACCAUCAAGAUGUUUGAUAACUAACAAUAACUGCAGCAGCAGUCAGAAAUCUGUGAGACCUAAUGUCCUCACUCUGUGGUCUUCAUCCUUCCCAGAGUUCCAUAUGAUAGUGCUGCUGGUUUACCUGAGUGUCCUGCUGGCCCUCUACAUGGCUCCCCUCGCCAUCUCCUCACCCUGCAUCAUGGACAAGAACAGCCUCAAAUCUCGACCUCACGUCAUUGGACGACGGGGAGCGCCAAUGGUAAGUCAAUAGCCCCCUACAGAAACAUCCCUGUGGCUCUACCCUCUAGCCACAUCAUGUAGAUCAUAAAUAAUUAAAUAGGUAUAAGUGAUAAUGGUGGCUGGAGUUCAUAAUCACAUUCAAUUUGAGAGCUGUUCUGCUUCAGGGUAUUGAAUGUACUGAAUGUCUUGGAGACCCAAUAAAGAGCCACAUUAGCGAACACGAUUUACUUGUUGGACAAUGAAACAGUUAAUUGGAUAGGUAGCGUUCACACUCAGGUUAAAACAGGUCUGCUUUGUGACAUGCACUGACUGUAAUGCCCUGACCUGGUAAUGAGUACAGGCUAUGUAGGGCCAGACAAACAGCAUUGGUCCAGUCAGUGUAUAACCUAGUCUAUUGACGCAUACAAAUAAAUAAUCCCCAUCAAAAUCCGUCAGUUUAAGCUAAAUAUAUAUUUUUGCAUGGGCUGGGUCUCAAUCGACCGCAUCCACCUAUGUCACCCUUUCGCAUCUGUGGUGGAAAGUGGCAGAGCUACAACGCUGUUUGUCAGACAAGGAGCCAUCCCGAAAAUUGGUCUUCUCACGAAAACCACUCUAUAGAAAGGGGAGACUCUUUCGAACACAAUGGUUUUCUCAGUUUUGACCCCCACAAGUGUCACGGGACUCGUCUAAAGGUAACCCAUACAAAUGAAUGGAGGUAGUUUUGUGCCAACAAAAAUAAGGGGCAAAAUAUGUGUAAAAAAAAUACAAAAAUAUUUCCUGAGAUAUAGAUAUAGGACAGACACUUCAAAACCUUAAUCCUUGUGAUUAAUUUUUUGACUGUCUUUUUUGCCAUUUAUGAAUGUGUUAUUCAAUUUGUUUCUAUGGGCUUAUAGUAUUGUAUUAAAGGCCAAAUUCAAUGUUUUAUAAAAAAUGUGUAUAUAUAUUUUUUUAUACCUAAAGGGGUCCUAAAAUUGUAGAUCAAAUAUUUAAAUGAUCCAUGGUAUGACCUUCUUAAAACAAUUCCAUAUUUCGUCCCCCCCCCCUAGGAUUGUAGAUGGUUUAUAAUAAUUAUAAUAAUAUGCCAUUUAGCAGACGCUUUUAUCCAAAGCGACUUACAGUCAUGUGUGCAUACAUUUUUUUGUGUAUGGGUGGUCCCGGGGAUCGAACCCACUACCUUGGCGUUACAAGCGCCGUACUGUUGGUAGGGAACACAAUAAAUUGUCCUGUCCUGGUGCAGUUGGGUAAGUAAAUAUUGUUCCAGAUGACUUGCUUUAAACAAAUACACACUCACACUGUAGCCCAGACACACACUCUGCCUGCCUGCCUGUCUGCCUGCCUUCAAAUCACAAACACACACUUCACCUAGCCUUUUACAGCCUGUCAGGGCUUGCCUCUAUUGACUCCUGCUGUGGGUGAUAUGGUAGCUGUCUGUGGAAGGAGACAGGAGACCAGUGCCUGAAAGCUGCUUCCCAAAGGACAAGACAGAUCCAUGAUUCUAUCUUUCUAUGAGCUUUAUUCUACAAACUCAGACAAGGACCUCUUCCCUCAGGAGAAAUCAAAGGAUCAAUAUAUUCAGAAGUGGAUUAGUUUGUCUAACAUUGUAAGGCUAUAGUAGGUUUGAGUUGUGGUGUAGAUACCUAUCUUUGUCACAGAGAGCGAGGUUCAGUUUCAUUGAAACGAUGAUGUCAGAGGUGUACUGCUGUAAACUCCUCUCUGUUUAAGUAAACGUGCCUCUCUGACAUCCACUUGCUAGAAAGAUCAAUGGCUUUUUUAGAGGUCUCACCAACCUCACCAUUUGUACAAUGUUUAAAAAGCUCAUAAUAAAAGAUAACUCCCGCACAUACAAUUGCCUCUUUUGCUGACCUUUUACCUAUUUAUUAAAAGACUGAAAUAAUAAUGCCAUCCCACCACUAGAUCAAAUGACCACUGUCAGAUUCUAACAACCCAUAAUAACCCAUUAUACCUCUCUCUGUCUGUCCCUCUGUUUGUGUGUCCUGUGCUGUAGCUGGCUCCAGAGAACACCCUGAUGUCCUUCAACAAGGCCCUGCAGCAGGGGGUCAGCUCCCUGGAGGCCGACGUCACCGUCAGGUAACCAACCAUGCUCUACCAGCCAAUAACCUAACCCCACCCCACCCUACCACCUCAAUGUUAGGAGCAAUGAGUUCUCUACAGUAGACUGGUAACGACAGGUGGGCCUUUCUGUACUGAAUCUAUAGCAACACUCUCAGGGUUUUAAAGGUUAGGGAGCAAAUCUAAAGAGCCCCAUUCUGUCCCUGCCUUUGACAUAGUCAACAUGUUUUAAGACCAUUUUAAUCUCACAUCCAUUCCUUUUCAAUGCAUUAAUAGGCCAUUUAUUACAGGCCCUUUGUUUUUACUUCAAUUGCCAUAGAAACAUAUUCUUUAUUUAUGAAAGCAGUGACAUAAGUGUGAAUGACAUAAGUGUUGCUGGUUCAGUGAUGUAAGUCUUUGGUCCCACCUCUCCCCUCCAGUCUGGACGGGGUGCCCUUCCUGAUGCGAGACCGCACCUUGAAAAGGACCACUGACAUUGCCAAGGUCUUUCCAGACAAGCAGCACGAGGACGCGUCUCUCUUCAACUGGACAGAGAUUCGCUCUCUAAAUGCGGGGCAGUGGUUUUUGGAGGUACCUUUCUCUCUUUUUCUCUCUCUCUCUUUCUCUCUCGCUCAGUAUCUAUGACUAUCUCUUUCUCCUUGUAUUGCUCUUUCUCUUUGUCGCUCCCCUUCUCUAGUCUACCCCUCCCUCUCCCCACACCGAGACGAUUUUAGAAUGGAUCUUUUUUUGCAUCACCUCAUCAAAUAAAAUACCUCUAUCCCCUCUCUGUCUCUCCAGAGCGACCCCUACUGGACUGUUGGGUCUCUGACAGGGAGGGACCGGAACCGGAUAGGGAACCUGACAGUGUGUAGCCUGGUAGAGAUGUUGCGUCUGGCCGCCAGGGCCAACCGCUCAGCCCUGUUGUACCUCCGCAGACCUCCCCCAGAACACCCACACUACAAAACCUGGAUCAUGGACACCCUGUGGGCCGUCCAGAGGUCUGGGAUAUCACAGAAGAGAGUGAGGAGGACUCUGUUUAUGUAUCUCACUGAAUCCUUAUUAGUAACAUUGGUAGAUAAGUGUGAAUCAAAAAGUAGGUCCAGUCUCUAACCCUGUGUCUUGUGCCCUAUGGUUCUUUAGGUGACGUGGACCCCGGACACAGACAGGGGCCGUGUCAGGGGGCUGCAGCAGACCUCCUUGGAGAAGCUGUCAGUGGAGGAGCUCAGACACAGAGGCAUCAGCAGCCUCACCCUGCGCUACUCACAGGCCAGCAACAAGGACAUUCAGUAAGACAUACCUACUCUUACUCUCAAACAUCCACAAUCUUAACUGGACAUGCCCCAAUAAUCUUAUCUGGGAGGUCCACAAAUGUUAUCUAAAUCUCUAACCUCACCCUGCAUUACUCACAGAACAGCAUGUCCUAUAACUAUUUGUCUUUGUAGGGAAUUCUUGGCGAACAACAUGAGUGUGACGGUGUACCCGGUGAAUGAGCCAUGGCUCUACUCAGUGCUGUGGUGCAGCGGGGUGUCUGCUGUCUCAUCUGACACCGCUCAGGUCCUCCGCAAGGUGCCUUACCCCAUCUGGCUU